CCACGUCAAGCCCACCUCCCAAUUUGUCCUUCUCUCCCCGCCGGCCCUUAGAAAGAACCCGACGCGAUCGAAUUCUGCUUCCUUCUCCGCUCGCCGCCAGCCGAAUGCAAUUGCAAGGCGGCGGCGUCCCCUUCCUUCCAUUUUGACAGCAGUAGCAAUUAGCGAUUCCUCAAUUCUCCAGUCAAUCUCUCUCCAGUCUCCAUCCUGCCCCCAACAGGCCCCUCCCCAUGGACAUGGACGCCGCCGUUUCCACCCUCACCGCGCUCUCCGUUUUCGCCAGCACCGUCGAACACGCUGCCUUCAGGAGCGUGCACGGGUACAGGGUGAUCGGGAGGAAAGAUGGGAAGUGGGUGCGGUGGGAGAGGUGGGUGGAGCGGCAGUUCGUCCUCUCCCUCUCCGUCCCGCCGUGCCGCGAGGUCGCCGUCCCCGCCGCCUCGCCGCGGAUACUGCUGGCGGGGUGGCACGGCCGGCCGGUGUUCCACGAGGGGCAGGCCGUGGGCACCUGGCGUUGCAUUGUGGCAUUCGAUUCUGUUGCCGCCGUCGCGCCGUCCUCCCCGCCGCCGCCCGUGCUCUCCCCCUUAGUGAAUCCACAGCUGGAGUGUCUACCUAAUCUGUACAGAGACCUGCAAAAGGUUUUUCAGUUUCAGAAGGUGGAAAAGGUCCCACAGCUUGUUCGCCGUGAUGCAAAACAGCAACCAAUACGUUCUGGUGAGCAGGAGAAAACUUCUGAUGAGGCUGAUUCAUCGGGGUCUGAUUCCGAUGGGGAUCCUCAAUCUGAUAAAGAACUUGCGCCAACAGUUCAGAAGCAGCCCAGAGCCAACCGGAAGCAUAUAGAUAGCAUUACUUUGGUUGAGAUAGCGCAGUACUUCCAUCUUCCAAUCAGAGAAGCGUCAAAGACUCUCAAGAUAGGAGUGAGCAUACUGAAGAGAAAAUGCCGGAAAUAUGGGAUACCUCGCUGGCCUCACCGCAAAAUCAAGUCUCUGGAGUCCCUCAUUAACGAUCUUGAGUAUGUGCUUGACGACGACUCAGGAGAGGAUGCGCAACAGGAGCUGCAAAAGAUCGAGGAGGAGAAGCAGGCUGCUGUGAUAAAGGCCCUCACAAAGCGGAAGAAGAUGCUGGAGAGCGAGAAGGAGAUCAUACAGCAGAAGCCAGCCUUGGACCUGAUGACUGAAACCAAGCAGUUCAGGGAAGAUGUUUUCAAGAGGAGAUACAGGGCUAGAAGAGUGUAGCCAGGGAGUAGCAUCUCCCUUUAGCUGAUGAUAGCUGUUGUAAAAAUAUAUGACUGACUCAACCUGGUGCGCAAAGAUAAUAGCUGCUGACCUGUGCGUGCCACCAGUUUAUCAGACUAUACUAGCUUGUAGCUGCUCUUCAUAAGCUUUGGUGCGUUCUGCUGUGACCGAACUGGACUACCUGAAGAAUCGAACGAAAUAGCAUGGUUGGAUGCCGGUGUAA